AGCUGCGAAGCAAAAGAGACGCAGCAGCAGGCAGCAGCAGCAGCAGCAAAAGACAGCAGCGACGAGGCCCGCCUGGCCCUCGCCAACUUUAGCAAGAGGGCCAGCAACCUUCUGAGCCAAGACCAGCUGAAGGUAUUGCGGGAGAAGCUGGAGGCGAAGGAGAGGGAGAGAGACGCUGAGGAGAAGCAGCAGCAGCUGCUGCAGCAGCGGCUGCAGGAGGCAGUUGCUGCUGCUGCUGAGGCUCAAGAAGCUUUAGAGCAGCAGCAGCAGCAGCUCAACGACAGCCAGAAGCAACUACCUGCCGCUAUGACGGCAGUGAGUUGUGCUGCUGCUGCUUUGGGAGAAGCUGAGAAGCAGCUGGAGAGCGAAAAAGAAGCUGCUGCUGCUGCUGCUGCUGCUGCUGUUUCGCGGCAGGGAGCCCUUGAGGCGAAGAGGCAGGCGCUGGAGGCCCUGCAGCAGCAAGCAGCAAUCCUCAAGAGCAGUUGCCCACAGCUCCCAGAAGGGACAAACUUGCCCAAACUCUCCGCCGCG